CAAAGGAAACACAAAAAAAUGGACUUGCUCUUUGUAUCAAUACAACUAUCAAACACUAUUGGCAAAAUAAAUAACCUGCUUUUAAACAUGUGAAUGUGCUUUAUGUAAAGAGAACUAUGACUUGUUUUGACCUAAUGGGCUGUUAAAUAAACAUAGGACAGGCUAUUCUUGCAGCGCAGCAUAACAAUUUUGAAGCAAAUUCUUGCUGUUCCUGGAAACAACCAUACGUGUCACCUCAAGGUGUUUACAUUAUGUCUACAUAUGUAGGUAUAAAAGUUACCACAAACUGCACAGUGACAUAGUCAUACCAUUAUUAUAUAUAUACACAUUAGUUUAACCAGCAAGUUUGGCAUUUCUGUCUCUUGUUAUAUAUACUGUAUAUAUAAAGACCAAUAUUAUAUGAAUAUGGAUUUUAUAUUUCUGCUCUUUGAUGUUCAUUCACUCAUUUUAUACCAGUGUGCUGCCAUUCCAUUUUCCUUCCUAUUUUAUUAUCUGUGCAGAACUGGAUGCCUCCCUCUGAUUUCAAGGUAUAUCUACUUGAUGCUCGGAGGGUUUCUACUAGCUGUAGUUACCAUGGGACCCUAUUGCCUAGUUGUGCUGAUCCCUGCUGUGUCCUCUGUGCUGCUUAUCCACUUUGUCAGCUCCCAGCAUCUUCACACCUGGGCUUUCCUCACACAGAUGGGCUGGCAGACCUCAUGGCAUCUUCUCCUCCAGUACAGAGAAUAUCAGCUUCAGGAGGGUGACCCCAGGCUACUUGCUGCAGUCUCCUCCUUGAUGCUGCUUACCCAAAGAGUCACAUCACUGUCCUUAGACAUUCAAGAAGGAAAGCUGAAAACGGGAGACACAAGAACAGGGAACUACAUCUCCUUCAGUUCACUAUUGCCUUACCUCAGCUACCUGCUCUAUUUUCCUGCUCUUCUUGGUGGGCCUCUGUGUUCUUUCAGAACCUUCACAUCCUGUGUGAAACUCUGCAAUGUAACCCCCCCACCAAACCCACAGUGGACUGUGUCCAGGAAGUGUGUGCUGGUCCUUGGUUUGGAAGGAGUGAAAACACUCCUCACAAUUUGCAUAAAUAGUCACACUGAGGACCCCAUGCAGUCCAGAGAUCUGAAAGGUGUUUUGUUAAUCUGGUCCGUUUCUCUGUUGUACAAGAUGACCUAUUACUCCUACUGGGUCCUCAGUGAGUUGCUCAAUAAUGCAGCAGGCUUUGGGUUUGGGGGCUAUGACAGCAAAGGGUUUCCAAUCUGGAAUGCCCUGUCGGAUGCAGAUAUCUGGACACUGGAGACAACUCAUAAAAUAUCGCAGUUUGCUCGAACUUGGAAUAAGACCACCGCGGACUGGCUCAGAAGGCUAGUGUUUGAGAAAUGCAAAGCCUAUCCAUUACUGGCAACCUUUGCCUUUUCGGCCUGGUGGCACGGUCUGCACCCUGGACAGGUAUUUGGGUUUUUGUGCUGGGCUGCUACAGUAGAGGCUGAUUACCGUGUUCAUUAUUACUUAAGGCCUUACGUGGGAUCCGGGGUGACAAGGCUGUUGUAUAAAAGCCUGACAUGGGUGCAAACACAGUUAGUGAUCGCAUGCUGUAUCAUGACUGUGGAGCUGCGAAGUCUUUCCUCUGUGCGAAUGAUUUGCCAGUCCUAUAUCAGUCUGUUUCCUCUUCUGUAUUGUUUGGUGCUUGUUUUUGUACAUAGAAAACAUCAGUAGUGACAGUGUGAAACUGCACUUCCUGUUUUACUUCGCUUGACUCACAGCUGUUAUUUUAUCUUUGUUGACAGUAUAUUGCUUUGCAUUUUUGAAGCUAUGUUUCAGAGCCAGUUUUAAUCUAUGCAGCAACUUUAUUUGUCAGUUCAGGGUAGCGUACAGUAUAUGUGCAAUAUGUGUUUUAUUUAUUUUUUAGACAGGACAAUUCUUUAAAAAUACAAUUUUCCAGCAUUUUUUACUUGUUUGGUUUUGAUGCUAGAUUUUCGGGACACUUGGCACUGACUUUUUAAUUGAUAUAUCUCAGUUGGCGCUGAGAGAUGGCAGAGAGACAGACUGCUAGGCCCCUUGGGAGGCCAAACAUGAGGUGGAGUGGAGGUUAGGGAGGUAAACUGCAUUGCAUGACACAGGCUACAAAGAGAGGUAGGUUCAAAUGUACUUGGCUACUUCCACAGAAUUAAGGUUGACAUGAAUGUGGUAUUGACCUCCUUUUUCAAUGUCUGCCUCACUUUUGGCGAUGGUUACCAUGGUUUUCCUGUCAAUUGAAUCAUCAUUUUUGCAAGUGUAGUUAGAGUUUCCUGCUUGAAACUUUGCAUAGCUCUACAUUCUGAAAGGGAAUCACAAGGGGUGAUACCCCAUCCCUUUAAGAAUGGAAGCAUUCCGUUUAGCUUAACUUUGAUUCUACAGUGGUUUAUAGAACACACAGGUUCCACUGUAGCGACUGGCAAAAUGAAUCCUAAAUCACGGUUUAGAGAAAUACACUCGAUUUGAAGCAUUUUCUAGUUAGAGAAUCUACAGAACACACGUGAUAGGUAUUAAACAGGUAAGAAAUGAAAUAUUUGCAUAAAACCUUCCAGUUUCCAUUGCAUACAAUUAGGCCUUUACCUUCCAUAGAAACAGACAAGCCUUACAAAAAUGACCAUUUUGUAGCACCAAGAAGUAUCUCACAGAUUUUAUUGAGGGUUUUAAAGUAUUUUAUGGAGUGCCAGAGGGUCUGGACAACCAUAUGCAGGUAUGUCCUGUAUGUAAAAUGCACAUUAGUUGUUUCUGUACAAUUAAAUAAAGAUCUUCCUACAACAGGUACAUUUAAACACUGAUGUAUGAGCAGUACAUUAUCUCCCUGGCAAUCUGAACAUUGCCUCUAAACCACCCUCUUUGAAAGAAUACAGUAUUCUGUCCAGUUGCAUUGUAUAGUGGUUUCUUAGUUUUUAACCACAGUUUAGCAUAUGCAUAACUCAAGAAAGAUAAGUAGUUCCCUUCUUUCAGAAUGACAGGGUUUUAUUUAUACCCCCAUUCUGCAAUUCUAUUGUUUAUUAUAACCACUUCAGAUUGUGUUGUAAUAUGAGUUGUGUGAGUGCUGCUGCCCCCUGGGGGUACUCUU